AUGGAACGAUCCGGCAGACUCUUUUCUGAAUGUGCAUCUGAAAUAUGGACCACCGACGAACCGAGUACCUCAACGGUGUCGCCCAACGUGGUAUCGCAGACGACCGCAACAUCAGAGUUCGAACACGAACAUUAUGACGCCCUUGAUGUGGUCGAGGCCUCGGAAGCGUACCAGGUUCCUUCUGUCUCGGUCACGCAUAUUGGAGUCUCGGGCGAGAGUAUGGGGACGAUGCAAUUUGCCCUCGGCAACGGCCUCAGUUCGCAGGUUGUGCAGCACGUCACGAGCGAGGAGACAGCGCCGAUACUACCAGCAAAUACGGUUCUUGCGCUCAAGAUAUUCAUCGCCCGCCCGGUUUUCGGAUCGUCAUCGGCCGCCAGGGAAUCCCGGAGCGACGUUUACGCUACAAUCGUGAGAGAGAUCAAAGUCAUCGGGCACCCACUGCUCCGCGGCCACGAGAACAUUGCCCAGCUUCGGUUCAUUGCCUGGAGCGAGAAGCAGCCGUUUCCUAUGCUGGCGAUGGAGCUGGGAAACUAUGGGACCCUGGACCACAUCAUCCGUAGCCGUGGCAGCGACUCGUCCCUUUCCUCUCGCCAGAAGCAGCACAUCACUUUGGACAUCGCUGUGGGACUGCGAGCCAUUCACCAAGUGGGCUUCAUACACGGUGAUCUCAAACCAGAGAACAUCAUCGUCAUGAAUCACGCGAAUCCCAAACGUGGAGUCAUUGCCAAACUGCUUGAUUUUGGCGGGAGCUCAGAUGACACCCAGAGCGGACCGGUGCACGUCACCCCCUUAUGGUGCGCGCCUGAGAUCGGAGGCGGACGAAAGGAUGUUGAUUGGGCAAAGUGCGACAUCUACUCCUAUGGACUCGUCAUAGCCAGCGUCUGGGGGCGUGAUGCUUCGGAUCAGCUUUACAGCGUCGAGGGGUUGGGUACUCAACAACAAGCCAGUGUCUUGUCCAGAUUCACUGGUAACACGCCAACAACCAGCGAAACAGACUUUAUGACGCGAGUCAGGAAAAUGCAAACCUCGGAUUGGAGAGACACCAACAGCCUCGUAUCGGUUCUCAGAAACCAACUUGUGACCAAGCUCCCAUCAAACGACUUGGAUGUCCCCCACUUGGUCGGCAUUAUUCUGUCUACGUUGCAUGCGGACAGCAACAUGCGACCAACUGCCCCAGAGCUGGUCGACAUGUUCCAGCCAUCAUUUAACCGCCUUCGCCGUGACAUCCCACCAUUGGUACAUGAUGAGGAAGCUGAGGAACAGGAAGAAGUAGAAGAGGAAGAAGUGGAAGAGGAAGAGGAGAGAGAGGAUGAAGAGGACAAAGAAGAGGAUGAAGAGGAGGGUGAAGAAGGCUCUGAAACUGGAGACGAAGCAAACCAGGUCCCCGGGGUGAGGUCAAAGUUCUCGGUAUUCGCAGACUCCGAGCAGAUGGAUUCCAUUCCAGAGGACAAUCGCGGAGAAAAUGACUUCAGAAUGGAUAUCGGAAACAGAACCAGUAGCGAUCAUCUUCAAGGUUCAUUUUCUCUUACCCAUACCCUUCCUCGAGUCUUAGCAUGGCUUUACUCGGGUGCGUGUCCUGAGAAUCCCGAUGGUCCACGCUUCCGGGCCAGGAACGGGCUGGCUGUGAAGCACGAGCAGCCGACUGGUGAGGAAGUUGGAAAGAUAAAUGGGGGGAUCGGUACGGAAGGACCAGAAGUCCAUCAGGCUUUAGACGGGAACCUCGACAAGAGUAAGGUCAAGGAGACAGCCCACGAAAAGGUUGCUGCGUUCGAGAAGGUGGAUAUUUGGGAUAUCGGAGUUGAUGUGUCUUCAUGGUGGACUAACAGGUCUCGGCACUACCUAUACUUUAUUUACCGGCAACACGUUGCCGCUCUCGAUGAUAUCCCAGACCCCGCGGAGUAUGUUCGUGCCCUCGAUAUUGAGGAUGUUACUCUCUCGAUCCCCAAAGACCAGUCACCGAUGGAGUUCCUCUGCGAGCUGCGUGGGAAAACAACACGAUGGAUGUCAAAGGUUUUUCCCGGAGUUGACAGCGGCUCUAUUCCGAUCCGAUAUCAGCGAAAGAGCAUACACGCAUUCUAUCUUGCCAUGUCCAACAUAUUAGGUCUGGGAGCACCGCGAAAUCAAGCCCUUGGAGCGGCAUGGAUGGCUGUUGCAGCCAUACAAGGACACGACAAGGCCAUGUCCUUGUGCCCUCAUAUGAUUUCCGAGAGCACACUCGAGCUAUCGGUUCCCUCGAGACUCUUCUUGUGUCUCGAUGCACUUGGGGGGCUAAGAGGCGCCGUUGAUCGCCUUGCGCGGCGCUUGCCAGAUCAUUGGGCAAUGAUUCAACGACUUCGUCGUCAGCGAUCUCAUCUGUGCCAACAAGAUGGAUUUUACUUCAAAUCGGACUGCAGAAGAGCUGUGCUGCAGCGUUAUGAGGAUGCCGCCAUCGUUGAAGAGCUGGACGACGGCCAAUUCACUACUUUCACAAGCGCAUUGAUGGCCGGGACCGUUUCCGAUGUGAGGAGCCUGCUAGAAAGGGUGAUAGAGGAUACCUGUCACCCUCAAGACGCCUCCGAUAUGGUACCAAUUCUCUUAAAUUGGUUGCCGUUCUAUGGAUUGCCAGAUCACGAUGCUAGCGAGCUCGUACCUCUGGCAUACGAAGCCGGAGCCCAGCUUGACAUCCGCUGCGAAAUUCAAACCACCCAUCUCGGCAUUAAGCACGCAAACAUGUCACCAAUUCUCGGCUCCAUCCUGAAAGGCCGGCCUCUCGUUGCCCUUGCGAUCAUCGCCUUGCACGAGAAAAUCAACGAGCCUAUUGUGGAUUUCCAGGCAUCUCUAUAUUUCGCAUCGUCUUACCUCUUCCACGAGAUCGUCAGAAGGAUGCUACAGCUCCACAGGGAGAAGCCGUGGCUUUGCUUUGAGGGGUCCCGGCGAUCCCGGCGAUGGAAAAGCAAAAGCAAAACCCUUUCGAGCAUCCUGCGCUUCACGAUGCUCAAGCGCGGGGGCCAUCAAGUCGUCGAGGCUGAUCGGUUCGCCAUUCAUGGGGAGAGCUUUGCAUCGGCGAAGAAGGAGACUGAGCGGUUGCUUCUGAACAGUGGAGCAGAACCAGAGCUCAGAGCCGUCGAAAAUGCCAUCUUCUAUGACGAAACGGAUAGCUUACAGCUAUUCGUUCGUCAUCUAGGACCAUCGAAGCUCUUUGGACAUCUGAGAACUAGUCCAUUCCAGCUGGGCAAACUGUGCAUAGAGUUGGGAGCCAUAAACUGCUUCACGUACCUCCUGACCCAGAACAUCAUCCGCACCACAGAAGGUGGUGAUGGUGGCAAACUUGUGCACUUUGCCACCAACCGGGUCCCGGAAAAGAGAGAUUUCCUCUCGGCUCUGCUAAAACACGGUGCCGAUAUCAUGACUACGGAUGACGGAGGCCAUACAACUCUACACUUGGCCAUGUUGCGGCGAGAUAUGGUGGCCGUAGACAUGCUUUCCCAGCACUGCUCCGAGGAACAGCUUGCCGACCUACUAUGCCAGCACCCCAGCACCGGCCGCUCGAUAUUUUCUGACCUCAUCUUCAUUCAAUCACCUCACUUUGGGAUUCCCUUUGAGGGUCUGCAAUGGUUGGCGAAUCGUGGUAGUGUACACUAUUACAGGAGGUCCGCCCAAAGCCGGGAUUGGCCUGUGUGGCACAGUAUUGUCAACUGCCCCAGGCCGACUACGAGAACAGCACAGUUGUCAGACGCGAAGCUGGUAGAGUUUCUACUGGGCUUGGAAACGUUUUCGGAAAGGAUGCAGACCGAAGUGUGUCCGCCUUGUGAGGAGCUCAUACUCCACCACGCGGCCUGGAAUGGUCACGUUGACAUUGUGCGGUUACUGCUUCAGCACAAUUUUGACGUAAACGCCGUAUCUGAGAAUCCAGGAUGGGCCAAACGGGGUCUAACACCGACGAUGACGGUAUUGGAAUUGGUAUGGUCGAGGCUGAGGAGCGGCGACGUUCCUGCAGUGAUUCAGGCGGCCGGUCGCCUCGAAGUCAUCAAGUGGCACGAAUCUCUCAGCGAGGUUGUCGACCUACUUGUUGCAGCUGGAGCAAAUUCAAGUACGUUUUACUGGGAUCGAAGGUGGGCGGUCCAACUUGAAGUUCUGGAUCAACAGCCACUAGGGUCGACUAUUCUCUUCAACCGCGGAGAGGCCAUUGUCGGGAGCUGGCCAGAGCCACUACCAUCUGCUACUCGGUUGGCGGGAGACGGACGAACCAAAGCAGCGAAGAAGUGGACUGAUCGUGAGUAUCAGUUGAUUCCGUACUUCGAUUCGAAGUCUCGGCGGCUCAGUCGUCGAAGCGAAGCGGGACAGGAGGAGGCCGGGGACGCCAGCGAUUCCGACUCUUCUCCAGAGAGUGUAGAGGACGGUGAAAGAAAUUUACCCCUUUUGUUCUGGCCGGAAAAGCAGCCGCCACGGGAAACCACCAGAGCUCUGUUCCUAGGCGGCAAACGCACUCCCAAGAUGGCCGGCGAGUCGCGAGAGACACUUGAAGUAGCUUUGGCACAAAUGCCUCGCUGGGUUCGAACAGACUACGUUGAAGGCACAACAACACCGCUUCACAUCGCUGCCCUUAGGAACGAUACAGGCACCCUCAGAAUUUUGUUGGAAUCCGAGAAUGUUCCAAUCGACAUCGGGGAUGAGUUGGGACUCACCGCCUUAUGCCUGGCGGCUUCCGAGGGCCACGAAGCAGCUGUUCGACUCCUAUUCCAGAGCGGUGCCGCCCUGGUCAAACCUGCUCCGACUGAAGACUUGAAAGAGAUUCAAGCACUACACUGUUGCGUCCUCAUGCCUUUCUCUAAACCUUCUAUGAUUGAGCUACUUCUCAAGCUGGGGGCAGAUCCAAACUCAAGGAUGGCCGCAAAGUAUAAACGGAGCCUUACGGUGUUGACUGGCUGUCUCGCGGCGUCCGACAGACCGGACAUCGUUCAGACGCUCAUCAACGGCGGUGCCAGUCUCGAUCCGUUCCAAGAGCCCGAGUGGAACGCUCUUGCAACUGCCAUCACCUACAACCGGGUUAAGAGCCUACGACUUCUUUUGUCUGCUUCAACAACCCCGUGGAGGGGACCCUACGGCAUAAACCUAGUCCAAUUUGCCGCGCACUAUGCGCAGUAUGGUGACUCGGUAGUGAAGCUCUUGUUGGAGUUCGCAGCCGAGCAUCCAGACUCGCCGCAUUCUGCGGGACUCGAACUCGAUGCCGUGGACGAUUCCAACAUGAGCGCCUUAUCUUACGCCGCAAAGGCGGGCAACCUUGCCGCUGUCGAGCUGUUGCUGGCCCGAGGCGCGAAUGUGGACACAGUCUUGCGAAAAGGAUCAACUGCGCUGUUUUGGGCUGUUCGGGGUGGGAACCCGCAGAUCGUCAAGGCCUUGCUGAAGAAGGGGGCUAACGUCCAUGCCACGGACGAAGAAGGGUCCCGGCCCCUGACUUCGGCAUUGAAAAAGAAACGGACGAAGGAGAUGGACAAAGUUGCUCUGAUUUUGUUGGAGCAUAAUGCCAGCUUCAACGGGGCCAUCACCGUCAAGCGGCUUCCCAAAGCGUUGAGCUGGGCCGCCAUGUCUGGACGACUAGACUACCUCCGACUGCUGCUUGAUCGUGGGGCGAACGUCAACAGAUAUUCGAGUAACGCCGGGUGUGCGGUUCUGCUGUCUGCAUCAGAACACGGCCAGCUAGGUGCUGUAAGGCUGUUGCUCGAGCGGGGCGCAGACAUCCUUGCUGUGGACAAGAACGGACGUUCGGCAAUGUCCGUGGCGAUGGACUCUGGCCACCGGGACGUCGUGAACCUUCUCGCAACCCGUGGCGCUGAUCUGAACUCGCGAACCGAGAAUGGUGAUACCGCUCUUUUCUGGGCGGCGUCGAACGGUUUCUUGGAUACCGGAAAGCUGCUCGUCGAGAGGGGGCAAGAUGUAAACGCGGUCGACGAGGAGGGAGAGACUGCCCUUUUUGCCGCCGCAUUGAAAGGCCAUGGGGGGUUUGUCAACUUCUUGCUUGACCGCGGGGCCGACGUCAACCACAGAAACAACAACGCCUCCGCCGUGAUCAUAAGAAUGGUCGAUUGCAAUGCCCAGGACACACGACUUCCGACCAAUCUUGGCCGAGAGGUUGGGGAGGUCGCCGCUCUGAGUCAAGCCCUGCUUGAUACGCUGGGCAUAUUGGUCUCACGAGGCGCUAAUAUGGAUGUGCUGAACGAAUUCCGAUAUUUCAAGAUUGAACGCGAGGGGAAGACGGAGGUUUCCAGGGCUCGGAUCGCAGAUGGAAAAUGUGUCUUUUCAACUAUGAGCUCCGAUGAAGAGAUAGAGGCUAUGGGGGUGGAAUGGGAUCCGUUGAAUGAAGUAGACGCGGCAUAG